CCCAAACCUAAAAGACAGACGUGAAAGUGUGGAUAUUUUGGAGAUAAUUAUAUGCGAAGACCACAUUCUAUUAAAAAUUAUCUUCAUUUGUAAGCAAUUUGUUGGGCCAGAAUUUAUGCUGGUAUUCUAUUAAUUUUUUUUUUAAUUGCAUUUUUAAAAUCCCCUCUUUGCUGCUUCAACUCUGCGUGACAGCAAAACUUUUACACUGUGACGUCAUCAGCGAGCGACAGAGACCCACAUGUCAUCUCGCUGAGGUUAGGACUUCGCUCGUUAAGAAAUGGCCAGACAGUGGUCUGAAGGACACUCCACCUCCAUCUUAUGCGUCGGUGCUUCUUCCUGUCCAGAGGGUCUCGUUGCUUCAGGUUCUGAGGGUGGACAGAUUACAAUCUGGAGUCAAGAUGGCACCAUUGGGGGCCGUAUGACCCUCCCCGGGGAAGACGACAUUACCAGUGUGGUGUUUUCCCCCACAGCUUCAAACCAGCUGUUUGCAUCCCAUGGAGACACAGCGAGUGUGCUUGACCCAAGGAACCUCAAAAGCUCUGUGGAGGAUUUCCGUGGAGCAGGGGAAGAGGAGAUCAAUGCUUUGGCGCUGAAUGAGACGGGUUCAGCCCUGGCAGUAGCGGAUGAUUCAGGGGCGGUGCGAGUGCUGGAGAUCCCGGGGGGUAAAACGUCCAGGACACUUCGCAGACACACAAACAUCUGCUCCUCUGUGGCUUUCCGACCACACCGGCCCAACAACCUGGUGUCUGUUGGACUGGACAUGCAGGUAAUGUUGUGGAACCUGCAGAAGACACGCCCUCUCUGGACCCUCAACCUCCAGGAUGCGGCAGAAGACGACGAAAGCCUCCAUCAGCAGCGCCCUGGUCAACUCUUCAACCCUCCAUUGGUGCACUGUGUGACUGUGGCGAGCUGUGGUAACAUUUUAGGCUGUGCGUCAGAAGACGGGCGCGUACACAUGAUGCGAAUUGGCAGCGGUUCCAAACUGGAGCAGCAGGGAGCCAUCAAAGCUCACAGCCAGGGAGCUUCACAAGCCCAUUUUGUUGGUUUCUUAUCACACCCUUACUGGCUCGUCACCGGCGGAAACGACAGUCAUGUGGCCUUGUGGGACCUCAGUAAGCAUCCAGUGGUAUCUCCUGAGGGAAAACCACAAGGAGCAGCACCACAGCACAGGAAGAGGAGGAGCAAGGCGAAGAGAAAAGAGCAGACUCAGACUAAAGAACAGACUGCGCCGCAGGAAAAGGAGACAGACGAGGAAGAAGAGGCAGCUGCAGAGAAGGUCACGGACAAGCCUGGACCCAAACUGAGCAUCAAGCACAGCGACAAAGUGAACUGGCUGUGCCCCGCAGAGCUGAAAGGAGUACCCAGCGUGAUGGUCGCAGACCAGAGCUCCAGUUUGACAGUCUAUCCUCUGUCUCAGCUGUAGCUGCAUCUAAUUUAAUAAACUUUCUUGCAGCUUUGUUUACAGUAAAAACACAACCACAAGAUUCUUUUUCAGGAAAUCUGGAGCUGAAAAUAAAAAAGGAACAGGCUUAGACACAAGGCAGCAGAGAAGAAAUGUACUGUUUUUUGUCCAACAGUGGACUUUUCAGGUGCUUUAACAAUCACAUCCAAAAAGAAAAAUCUUUUUUUUUUAAACCAAAUCACAAUAGUUUUAAUGAAAACGACUCCUUACCAGACAACAAUGAAAGAACUAACCUAAACUGGUUUGUGGAAAUAAAAUCUUGAGU